AUGACAAUGGUUGCCGAGGAACACGUGGUGCCCAAACCAAAGUUUCAAUUCGCCAUUGAAAAGAUUGAAUUAUCUGAUGAUGAAGAAGAUCAAGAGGAUCAAGAAAAUGAAUUGAUAGAAAAAGAGUUUCAAGACUUUAUUCAGCAAAGUAUCUUAAAACCAGAGAAGGAUGCAGUUGUCACACCACCGGUUGUGACUGAAAGGGAAAGUGACACAACGGUGCAAUCUUCCAUAUCGACACCUGAACAGAUGGAUGCUCUCAUAGCAAAAUUUCAGCGAACUGCAAGGAAGCCUCCCCAAACAGUUCAUGUCGCUACUGAACCUCCGUCUGAAAGUGACCCAGAAGACUCAGCCUACACUUUACUCCAAAGGAAGCAAAAAAGAAGAGAUCCAAGGCCGGGAGUGUUUAUCACGGACCCAAUUCAAAAGAAAUCUACACCGAUUAAGCUUGGUUCUAUGGCUCAAAACAUACAAAACACAUUCACUGAGACCUUUCCAGUGAUUCAAGAAAUACCAAGCCCGUUCCCUGAGCCCAUUCUUAUGGAUCAGGAUUUUCAAAGCCCAAUUGUUGAAGAAGAAGUCAUACCUUCAGAAGGAGCUCAAGCUUCAGGAAGCUCACUUAAAACACCCGAGCUGGACAUCUCCAAAGACAAAAGCAAGUUGCCUGAAUCUGAAUUUGUUAAUGUCGUUCAGCUUCAGAACAGAGUCUUUGAUCUGGAACAAAACUCUGCUGAAAAAGAUUUGAUCUCAGAGCUUCAAGCGAAUCUCGGUGGUUUAACUGCUCUAUUCUUUGAUCUGAAACAACGCGUAUUUCAGAAUUUUGGUGAUGAAUUUCAACCCUUGAGCGCUGAAGGAGAAAAUAUUACUGCUUCUCGUUCAAGUCCCGCCACUCCAACUUCACAAUCUUCAAGUGAAAGAGAUGCAAGACCUGCAAACAGAUGCUAA